GCACUCUCAUUAUUAUUUCUAUAAAAAACAAGUUAGCCAAAUUACCAGUUUGUUUUGUUCAAAAGAAAGAUGACUGCUAUUAGAAGAAGCACGCAGUUCGAUUCAACAGCAUCUUCGCAAGAGAGCCACGAUCACGACGACAUAAAUGUGAAGCAGAAAAAUCUCGCAAAGGGCUUGCUGAAAUCUCGAAUUUUCUUGGGUCGCUACUUAGAAAGGCGGCUAAUUAACCAAAGCAUUGGCUACAGAGAUGUUGUUGUUGUUAGUCCAGCUGAGGUCGACUUAAAGAGAGAUUUGCUUGAAGUGCAAAACAAUCUUCGUAUUGUUUUCCCAAACAUCCAAUGGAUAGGCAUCACAGACUCCGAACCACUUGGUUACACUUCUGGCGUAUGCCUCUGGACCGAAAUAGACAACCAACCCUUUGGGCCAUUUUGGUUUCAAGUGAAGAGCCUCAAAUUCAGGGAUGAAGAAAUUAUAGUGACUGUCAAGUGUCUGCGGCACAUAUCAGAUGCAUUUCUGGAAUUGGAGCCUAUAUUGACUGGAGGGUCGGGAGGUACCAGCAAAAGUAAGGAAAAAAGUGAAGGCAAAGUUGAAAAGCCUAUUGAAGCUCUUAGUGACACUGUUCAAGAGAUAAAAGCUAAUUUAAAAAGUGCUUUAUCUAUAACCAAUGUAAAAGAAUUCUUUACUUUCAUAUUUGCACUUGUUAUUGCAGUUUUCACUGGGAGCACUGCAUUUAUCAAUUUCCUUGGCAAUUUUAUUUUAGCUUUGUUGAGAGAACUGUCAAUUUUGGUUAAAAAUUCAACUCCAAUGUUUUUGGGUUUUUUAGAUUUCUUGAGCAAAAUUGUUGGGGGAUUUUAUAUACUGUUAGCUAUGUUCUUUAAGCCCAGUAACCCACCCCCACAGAACAAGAGAUCACUUAGAUACCACGACAAUACACAAUCUAGGUACAACAAUGAUUUUGACAGUAGAUAUAUUGACUGAUUGUUUUUAGAUUUUCUAUUUUAAGGUUUUGACCUAGAGUUUGUAAUGAAAUGUUUAGAAUUUAUUAUGGGUAGAUC